GGUGGAGAGACUGCGAUGCUGCUCAUUCUCUCCCAGCUGCACUUGGAGACUUCCCGGCCCGAGAAGGCCUUCCAGGUUGCGCAAGAAAUUGCGUCCAUGGACGUCUCUCUUCACGAGACGGCUAUUGCACAGGAGACCGUGUAUGAGGCCUUCCUUCAGCAGGGUGACCUGGAAGAGGCCAUGAAGACGGCGCAGGAGUUGGUUAGCCUGUGCAAUGACAAGAACGACAAGAAGCGAGAGGCUAUCGCAAGGCUCAUGGUCGCCAACAUCCACUACACCCAGAAGGAUUUCACCCAAGCAGUCAUGGUUGCACGAGAGGCUCAAGCACUUCUUCACGACAUUGCCGCGCACGCGGAUGAGGCGUCCGCGGUGCGUAUCGUGGCUGAGGCACUGCGUUAG